AUGGCAAGUUCAUCUGUAGUUCAUUCUGUGAAUGUUCCGGUAAGAUCCAUCAGCUUGCCUUCCAGGUUGCAGCUUAAUUCAAUCGAAACGGAGGUGAACGAGCUUAAAACGUUCGGUGUAUCUUUGUGUUCACAAAAAACUCAAGGUGGUGGCGUGACAAUAUGUGCAGAUUUCACUAGGCUUGCAAAGUUGUAUAACAACAUCGUGGAAGUCAUUCAGUCUCCACACACUCACCGAACUCUUCGACAUCAGCAAAAUGUAAAACCAGUGGAGGAGGCACUUGACAAUUCGGUCAGAUUGCUCGAUGCAUGUGGCACCGUGAGAGACCUAAUUAUGAUGAUGAAGGAGCAAGUACAAGACCUUCAAUCCGCUCUACGUCGGAGGGGCCGAGAUUCGAGCAUUGGAAACAAUAUCCAUGCUUAUAUCAGCUUCAGAAAGAAGUUGAAAAAGAACAUUGCUAAAAGCCUUGGACUACUAAAGAGAUUGGAAUGCUACAAUAACAAUGUUGCAUUUCCUAUCUUUGAUGUAGAUUGCCAUUUAUCAAGGGUGGUAAAAUCACAUAAACAAUCCAAUGCCGUCGCGAUUUCUAUGUUCCGGUACUGCUUUCGUUUCUUUUGA